AUGUUAAGAACCAAUAUCAAUAAACUACUAUUCAGAAGAUUUAAACAUACGGUUCUAGGAAUUGAUCUCGGAACAACAAAUUCUGCCGUGGCAGUUAUGGGGUCUGAUAAAGAACCACAUAUUCUUGAGAAUGAGGAAGGAAAACGUACAACCCCUUCAAUAGUGGCAUUUGACAAAAAUGGAAAACCAUUGGUUGGUUUGCCAGCAAAGAGACAAGCAGUGGUUAAUCCGGAAAAUACAUUUUUUGCAACAAAAAGAUUAAUUGGAAGAAAGUUUGAUGAUCAAGAAGUACAAAGAGAUUUAAACAACGUUCCUUAUAAGAUUAUUCCAAAUACCCACGGAGAAGCUACUUUAAGUACUACCACCGGAAACACUAUGACUCCUUCGGAAAUAGGUGGAUUAAUUUUGCAAAAACUACAGAAAGAUGCAGAGAUACAAUUGAAGGAAGAUAAAAUCGAUAAAGCCGUUGUCACUGUCCCAGCUUAUUUCAAUGAUUCUCAACGACAAGCAACAAAGAAUUCCGGGAAACUGAUUGGUUUGGAGAUUUUAAGAGUGAUUAAUGAACCAACUGCUGCAGCAUUAGCCUAUGGAUGUGAUAAGACAAGAAAAGAUGGUAUCAUUGCCGUGUUUGAUCUUGGUGGCGGUACAUUUGAUAUUUCGAUUUUAGAGAUUGACAAUGGUGUAUUUGAAGUCAGAGCAACUAAUGGUAACACUCAUUUAGGUGGUGAAGAUUUUGAUAUUCAGAUCAUGAACCACAUUUUGAAUAGUUUUAAACAAGAAACUGGAAUUGAUUUAAGUGGUGACAGAUUUGCCGUGCAGCGUAUUAGAGAAGCAGCAGAAAAAGCCAAGAUUGAACUAGAUCAUUCAGAUGAAGUUGAAAUCAACUUGCCAUUCAUUACUGCGGAGAAGCACAUCAAACAGAAGUUGACUGCUAAAGAAUUUGAUGACAUGGUUAUGCCAAUAAUACAGAAAACCAUUGAUCCAGUCAAAAGAUGUGUUCGUGAUGCAGAGUUGAAAUUUAAAGAUAUUGACGAAGUUUUAUUAGUUGGUGGAAUGACAAGAAUGCCAAAAAUCAGAAAGAUUGUAGAAGAAAUGUUUGGAAAGAAACCUAGCACUGCUGUUAACCCAGAUGAAGCUGUGGCAUUAGGUGCUGCAAUUCAAGGGGCGGUUUUAUCUGGUGAAGUUAAAAAUGUUGUCUUGUUGGAUGUUACACCAUUAUCACUCGGAAUUGAAACAUACGGUGGUAUAUUCACACCAUUGAUUCCAAGAAAUUCUGCUGUACCGAUUAAGAAGGAACAAAUGUUCUCCACUGCUGUUGAUGGUCAAACAGGUGUUGAGAUCGGAGUAUACCAGGGUGAAAGACCAUUGGUGAGAGAUAAUAAACAUAUUGGUCAAUUCAGAUUAGCAAAUAUUCCACAAGGUCCAAAGGGAUCUCCCCAAAUAGCUGUUUCCUUUGAAAUUGACGCAGAUGGUAUUAUUAACGUCAAUGCAACUGAUAAAACAAACUAUCCAGAAGACCUGCCUCAUUAUGGAAAGCCAAAUAGUGUUUCCAUUCAAGUAACUGAAGUUGGUUUAACCGACUCUGAAAUCGAAAAAAUGAUACAAGAAAGUAGUGAGAACAAGAAAGCUGAUGAAGAAAGAAGAAGGUAUUAUGAACAUGCAUCUAGAGCUGAAAUAUUGUGCACUGAUGCUGAUAAUGCUAUCACCCAAUAUGGUAAGUUUAUGGAAGAAUCUGAAAAGGAAUCUGUAAGACAACAUAUCGUUGUUGUCAAGACUAUGAUUGAUGAUAUAAGAAGCGGUAAAACUUUACACAGCCCUAAAGAACUUAAUAAAAAGGUCAAUGAAAUGCAAAACCAAUGUAUGGAGGUAAUUAAAAACGUUGCUGCUAGACAACAAGCAAGCAAAAAGUAA